CCCGUGAUGCUCCGCGUGGUCGAGCAGCAAGAUGGCGGACGCUCUGGUUGGAUAUGAGAAAGAAGCUGGAUGCGUCCCGAUCCUCCAUCCCGAGGAAAUUAAACCCCAGAGCCACUAUAACCAUGGCUAUAACGAGAGCCGCAAGAGCCACGUGGACGACUACAGCACUUGGGAUAUCGUCAAAGCCACCCAGUAUGGGAUAUUCGAGCGCUGCCGUGAGCUGGUGGAGGCCGGAUAUGACGUCCGUCAGCCGGACAAAGAAAACGUCACGCUCCUGCACUGGGCCGCAAUCAACAACCGCGUAGAUUUGGUCAAGUAUUACAUAUCUAAAGGUGCUAUAGUGGACCAGCUGGGAGGAGAUCUCAACUCUACACCUCUGCACUGGGCUACAAGACAAGGUCAUCUCUCCAUGGUGGUGCAGUUAAUGAAGUAUGGCGCUGAUCCGUCUCUCAUCGAUGGCGAGGGGUGUAGUUGUGUUCAUCUGGCUGCUCAAUUUGGUCACACAUCCAUCGUGGCUUACCUCAUCGCCAAGGGACAGGAUGUGGAUAUGAUGGAUCAGAAUGGCAUGACCCCUUUGAUGUGGGCUGCGUAUCGGACACACAGUGUUGACCCGACACGACUGUUGCUGACGUUUAAUGUGUCCGUGAAUCUGGGUGAUAAAUAUCAUAAGAACACGGCUCUACAUUGGGCGGUUCUGGCUGGAAACACAACAGUCAUUAGCCUGCUUCUGGAGGCUAAUGCUAACGUCGAUGCACAGAACAUCAAGGGAGAGACGCCGCUGGAUCUGGCUAAACAGAGGAAAAAUGUGUGGAUGAUCAAUCAUCUGCAGGAGGCCAGACAGGCCAAAGGCUACGACAGCCCGUCAUAUCUGAAACGACUCAAGAUGGACAAGGAGUUCAGACAGAAGGUGAUGUUGGGAACUCCCUUCCUGGUGAUUUGGCUGGUGGGAUUUAUUGCUGAUUUGGACAUUGAUUCGUGGCUCAUCAAGGGUGUGAUGUAUGCGGUGAUGUGGCUCGUCGUGCAAUUCCUGUCCAAGUCUUUCUUUGAUCACUCCAUGCACAGCGCUCUUCCUCUGGGCAUCUAUCUGGCCACUAAAUUCUGGAUGUACAUCACCUGGUUUUACUGGUUUUGGAAUGAUCUCCCAUUCGUCACUAUCCACCUGCCCUUCCUGCUCAACAGUCUGGCUCUUUUCUACAACUUUGGCAAGUCCUGGAAGUCCGACCCUGGUAUUAUCAAAGCAUCUGAAGAGCAGAAGAAAAAGACUAUAGUUGAAUUGGCAGAAACAGGCAGUCUGGAUCUCAGCAUAUUUUGCAGCACCUGUUUGAUACGGAAGCCUAUCAGGUCAAAACACUGCGCCGUGUGCAAUCGAUGCAUCGCCAAGUUUGACCACCACUGUCCGUGGGUUGGGAACUGCGUUGGAAGUGGAAACCAUCGCUAUUUUAUGGGCUACUUGUUCUUCCUGUUGUGCAUGAUCUGUUGGAUGAUGUACGGAUGCAUUUGUUACUGGAGGAUUCACUGUGCCACCAGCUACACUAAAGACGGCUUCUGGAUCUACAUCACUCAGAUCGCCACCUGCUCGCCGUGGAUGUUCUGGAUGUUUCUCAACAGCGUCUUUCACUUCAUGUGGGUCGCGGUGCUCAUCAUGUGCCAGCUCUAUCAGAUUGCUGUUCUGGGCAUUACUACAAAUGAGCGAAUGAACGCCAGAAGAUAUAAGCACUUUAAAGUCACAGCCACGUCCAUCGAGAGCCCAUUCAAUCACGGCUGCAUGCGUAACCUCAUCGAUUUCUUCGAGCUGCGCUGCUGUGGGCUCCUGCGGCCCGUGCCCAUAGACUGGACCUCGCAGUACACAAUAGAGUACGACCAGACGUCCGGCUCAGGAUACCAGCUGGUGUAGCGCAGUGAAUGGACGAGUGAAUAAAUGAACCAGAAAGAGGAGAAGAAGAUAAAGAGGGGAGAGGUUUUCCAGAAGUGCUGCUCACGGGACCAUCUCCUUCAUCAGGAUUAUAACGCAUGCUGUUUUAUCGGUUCGCAUCGAAAACUAAAACCCGCACACCUGCCAUCGACAGCACUACGAGAAGCAGGAAGGGGAGGAGUCUGAUGACAUCACAGCCGACCCCUCCUCCAUUGCUCAGCAGAGACGUUUUCGUGGUUUGUUUUCGCACAUCGGCUUGCGUUCGUUUUAUUAC